AUGAUCCUUUCACCAAAUGACAUUGACUUUGGAUCUCUGGAAAAUAUGUCGCAGACUAGUAUUCACCAGCCGGUUCUUGUAGGUCAAUAUGCGAUAAUACAGAUGCCGGCCCUGAACUUUACAUUUCCAGCUCUAGAAUCCUGUGACUAUCUUACCACAUGGGGAAACAUAUCAAAACUAUCAAUGCCCAUGUUAAUCGGUGGUAAAGAUGUACACGACCCCAUCUCUAUCGAUGCCCAAACAAUUUUUGAAUCACCUGUACCCAUUAACUUUGACUCUCUCACUAAUGCCGCCGAAAUUGAUGUUAAAGUUUCCGAUCACACAUCCACAGUGUUCGCAGCGCAGUACGAUUAUAUCUCACCGGAAUAUGAGAGUCGGGUAUUUCGAUGUCAAUCUUAUUUUGUAGGAGAAACAAAAAAAGGACUCUCCCCAGAUGUGCAAAAUGGACUAGGGUUUGGACUGGGACCUGGAGGGGGGCUGGCGGCAGUUUUGGAAUUUGCGUGGUUGUUGAGAUGGGUUAGGCAGAGGAAGGCUGGGAAAUCGGGUGGAAAAGGGGGAGAGAAUGGUGAAGGUCAGAGUAGGGCUAAUACGAGGAGCGAGAUAGAAGGUGAUGGUCGUGAGAUCAAUAUAACGAGAAGAUAG